CCCUGCAGGGUCCCCCGGUCCCGCGGAGCCCCCCGUGCCUCCCCGCCCGCGCCAUGCUGCGCCUGCUGCCAUGGCUCCGCGCCCUGAGCCGCCAGCGCGCGCGGCCCGGCAGCCCCCGGGGCCCGGCUGAGCGCAGCGGGGCCGCCAUGCAUCCCGCCUGCUACUGCGCGGGCAGGGCCAGGCCGCGCGCCCUGCUGCUCCCGCUCGAUCCCUACGGCCAUGGGCUGCUGCACGCCCUCCCCCCGGACGCCUGCAGGACUCGCGGCCACGGCAAGAGGAAGAGCUGGAACUUCAUCCACGAGAAGAUGAGCUACGACACCUUCUUCACCAUGAAGCGGCUGAUCGAGCGCUCGCGCAGCGUGGGCGAGGUGCUGCGCUGGGUGACGCAGAACCCCAGCAAGGUGUCGGCCAGCCACUACCCCAUCGCCCUGCACAAGCUGGGCCAGCUCCUGCAGCAGCAGCAGGGCCCGGCCACCCUCAACGGGGAGAGCCGGCGGCCCGGCCCCGUGCUGGAGCAGCCCGAGUUCCAGACGCUGUGCCAGGCCAUCAUCAGCGGCUGCUCCAAGUUCGAUAACUUCAGCAUCGUCAACUGCCUGUACGCUGCUGCCGCGCUGGGCCUGCCCGGGGAGUCGCCGCUGGUGCGGGUGCUGGAGGACGAGUCCCGCAACCGCCUGGGGCGCUUCAACCAGAAGGACGUCUCCAUGGUGUUCAGCAGCGUGAUGCGGCUGCACCCCUCCAGCCCUCACCCCCUGGUCGAGUCGUGCCUCAGCAGCUUGGAGCGGCACCUGGAGAAGGAGCGGCACCCGCAGACCCUCUUCCUGCUGCUCUCCUACUACCGGCUGCGGGCGCAGGCGCUGCAGGGCCACCCGGCCUCCGACCAGCAGCUCAUCAACAACCGCAAGAUCCUGCGCCUGGUCCGCCACACGCUGGGGCAGGUGAGCGCCAUGCGGGAGCACGAGCUGGCCCUGCUGGACGAGAUGCUGGCCCUGUGCGCCCAGGAGGCCAACAACAAGGCGCUGGAGGCCAUCUUCAGCUCGCAGCUCUUCUACGAAAACCGCCAGGAGCGAUUCAUCCGCAGCAUGGCAGAGUGGCUUCCCAGGAAGGCUGAGAACCUGACUCCCUACACCAUGGCCCUCAUUGCCAAGUACGUGGCCCGGCACCGGCUGCGUGAGCCGCGCCUGCUCGAUACCAUCGCCAACUUCCUGCUGAAGCGCGGGGAGCAGCUGGACAGCAAGGUGAUCCAGAAGCUGGUGUUUCCCUUCAGCCGGAUGAACUACCGCCCGUCCAACCACAGCGAGCUCUUCCCCAAGCUGGAGGCCAUCCUGGAGCAGAAAGCCGGCAGCUCGCCCUUGGCCACCGUCAACAUCCUCAUGUCCAUGUUCCAGCUCAGCCACUUCCCCCAGUCUGUCCUGCAUCAAGUCUUCUCUCCGGCUUUCAUCACCAACGUUAUGAGUACGUCGGGCUCUUCCCAGGGCAGCCCCUACGCGCUCAUCGUGCGCCGCUACCUCUCUCUGCUGGACGCCGCCGUGGAGCUGGAGUUCCGUGACUACAGCGGCCCGCGCCUCGACCCGCGCUACCGCGUCCUCAUGUUCGAGCACGCGCUGACGGCUGACGAGGCCAACAGGAAGUACAGUUACAAGGGGCUGGUGGCUGAGGCGCUGCGGCAGCUGGUGGGGGAGGAGUGCUACCGGCAGGACGAGGUGCUGCCCCCGGGGUACUGCACAGACUUCCUGCUGUGGAUUAACCGCUCGGGCACGGUGCUGCCCCUCUCCCGUGUCCCCGCGGCCUCCAAGGCCCCCCCCGUGGCCCCCCCCGCCGCCAUCUCCCUGCGCUCCAGCGUCCUGGCGCUCACCUCGGACUUGCAGGACUUUGCCCCCUUUGCUCCGGAGACACCCGGCAGCCCCCCGGCAGCGCGCCGGGAGAACAACCUGGCGGGGCGCUUCCUCUCCACGCUCUGCCCGGCUCCGGGGGGGCCCUGCUACCAGCCCCCCUCGGACUAUUACUGCGGCCUAAGCAAAGAGUCUUCCCUGGAGAGCCAGGGCAGCUCCACGCUGAGCAGUCCCUCCGAGUGCCUCUCGGCGCAGCCCGCCGGCACCCCCGACUGCUCCCCGCGGGGCUCCUCCGCCGCCACCCUCUUCCAGUUCCCCAUCGGCAAGAUCCUGGAGGAGGAGGCGGCCGCCUGCCCCGGCCGCGAGCGCAGCUGCUUCCAGGGGGAGCAGCCCCAGGAGGAAGCGGAGGGUCGCAGCCCAGCCCCGGCCGAGGACGCCUGCCCUCCGCCCUCG